AUGGGUAUCCCAUUAGCCCCCGAAAAAACUUUUGGACCUGAACAGGUAUUGCCAUUCCUUGGUAUCACUUUGGACACCAGAAACAUGGAAGCUAGACUUCCUCAAGAUAAGUUGGUUAAAUGCAAAGAACUUAUCACCUCAUUUAAAACCCGCAAGAAAGUAACCUUAAAAGAUCUGCAAUCCCUUAUUGGUACAUUACAUUUUGCCACUACUGUUGUCUUACCGGGACGGGCCUUCUUGCGAAGACUUAUUGAUUUAACUAUGGGAGUUAACAAGCCAUUCCACCUUAUUCGUCUUACAAAGGCGGCCAAGGCCGACCUUGUCAUGUGGGAAGAAUUUCUACAAGACUUUAAUGGUUCCCAGUUCUUCUUAGACGAAAAAUGGUUGUUCAGUGAUAAUAUCAAAUUUUUCACAGACUCAUCUUCUAAAGGCUAUGGGGGUAUAUUUCAGAACCAGUGGUUUUAUGGUACUUGGGUCCCAAAAAUACGACAGAAAGGCAUUAACAUAGCCAUACUGGAGUUAUAUCCAAUUGUAUUAGCUAUUUUAGCUUGGGGUGAACACCUUCAACAUAAAUGCAUCUGGUUUUUCACCGACAACCAGGCUCUGAUCCCAGUAAUUAACAAACAAUCAUCGCGAGAUCCAGUUAUCAUGCGGCUAAUACGCAAGUUAGUAUUGUUAUGCCUAAAGUACAAUAUACUUUUUCGAUGUGUCCAUAUCAAAGGUCAUGACAACACACUAGCAGAUGCUUUAUCUCGUUUACAGGUAGAGAAGUUCAAAAAAUUAUGUCCAUCGGCCUCCCCAAAGCCAACAUCAGUGCAGACACUGUUGGAUCAGGAACUUUACCUAUUACGUUGA